UUUUCGAUCGAAUUGUGCAAUGAGAAAGAAAUGAACAUUCAAGUACCUGAUUAUACCAACGUAUAAUAUACGGCGCUCUGAUUUAGAACGGUAUAUGAAUUGGUUAUUAAAUGAAAAAUGUUUCUUCAACAAAGUGUCUGUUCCGCCAUGAAGUAUUCAAUAGUGUUUGCCGCCCUCUUAUCCAAUGUUUAUAGUGCCAGAAUCUUGUGCUACUUCUAUUUUCCAUCGAUAAGUCAUCAGUAUGUGUUCGGACAGAUAGCGAAAGAAUUAUCACGCAGAGGCCACGAGGUUACAUUCAUCACACCGAACCCGUUGAAUGAUCCCCAGCUGACAAAUCUAACAGAAAUCGAUGUUAGUGUUGGUUACAAUGUUUGGAAGACACAUGAUCUGUCUGGCAUCAGCACGAUCCACAAUGAUCUGCUCUCGAUAUAUUAUUUCCUGAGUGACCUGAAUGAAAACAUUUUUAAUCUGGAAUUAUCAACUGAAGGAGUUAAAAACCUCUUGAAGAAACCUAAAGGAAGUUACGAUUUGAUACUAGCUGAAAGCCAAUCUCCUGUUCCUUAUGGUUUGAUGCACAAAUUCGACGCUCCUGUCAUUGCCGUUUCAUCUUUGAACGUCUUCUCGGACUAUCACAAUUUGUUCGGUAAUCCCAUUCAUCCCAUCCUCUUCCCAGACAUUAUGGCCGAUUUUAACAAGCCAGUGGCUGCUUUUGGAGAUAAAAUACGAAGUUUGUAUUUCACAACGUUGGGAUGUUUGAUGCACAGAUUCGUAAUCUAUCCCAUGUCCGAUCGCAUCGCCCGAAAAUAUUUCGGAAGCGAUAUGCCCUACAUCAGGGAUGUAGUUAAGAACGCCAGUCUACUGAUGGUUAAUGUCAACCCGAUUUUUUCGGAUGGAAGACCUAAUGUACCUAACGUAAUAGAGUUCUUCAAUGUUCACAAUACUAGAUCAGAAGGAAUGAGCAGGGAUCUGAAACAAAUCUUGGACAAUGCAAAGGAAGGAGUAGUAUAUUUCAGUUUGGGAACAAAUGUCAGAUUCGAUCAUGUUCAAGGAGACGUGAAAAAGACCAUAAUGGAAGCUCUUGGUGAUCUACCAUACACUGUGAUAUGUAAAUGGGAAUCUGAGAAACUUGAAGGCCAGCCAAAGAAUGUGCACUUGAGAAAAUGGCUUCCGCAGCAAGCCAUCUUAGCGCAUCCCAAUGUGAAAGCAUUCGUCACUCAAGGAGGACUCCAAUCUGCUGAAGAAGCAAUCAUAAAUGCAGUUCCUCUUGUCGUCAUCCCAUUCCUAGGCGAUCAACCGUUGAAUGCCAAAAUCUUAACCUCGAAGGGUAUGGCAGAAACGAUAUCACCGAAAGACUUGAACAGAAGAAUCUUAACAGAAUCGAUUAUGAAGGUGGCUCAGGAUGAAAAAUACAGAAACAAGGCGAAAGAACUGCGUGAUAUUUUCUUGGAUCAACCACAAUCUGGAAUCGAUAAAGUGAUUUGGUGGUGCGAGUACGUCAUCAGACAUAAAGGUGCUAAACAUUUGAGGAGUCCGGCCGCAGAUAUACCACUUUGGGAAUAUUUCAUGCUAGAUGUUUUGGCAGUUGUUCUGAUUGCCUUAUAUUUAGUCUACAAGAUAACUAAGGUAACCAUCAAAAUUUUACUGGAACUGUUCAAAAGGAGCACCGCCUCAACGACCAGUAAAAAGAAGAAGAAGAAUUAAACAGUCUGAUCAACCAGUUUGUUCGACAGCAGAUUGUCAUUUUAUGCUUGAAGUUUUAGACAUGAUUCAUAUUCUUAUUAUGUCAACAUCGUUUAAGAUGCAAUGAUGGUUGAAACGUGGAUUUUUUAUGGAAUUUUUAACUCAAUGUUUUCGUUCAAAAAUAUAUCAAUUUUUAUUGUUAUACAAUAAAAUAUAUUUUAAUUCACCACUGUA